AUGUCAAAACUGCUCUUAACCGUGGCCCUUCUAUCCGCUCUUCUUGCAGUUUCUUCUGCUUGCAAGUGUAAAGAGCAAUCGACAAAAGAGUCGUUCUGUAAUGCUCAUUGGGUGUCUCAUGUCAAGGUGAAGGUUCGUGUUGGAAAGCAAGGACUUCCAGAAGGAUCCGAGAGAAAGGGAUUGAACAAUUUGAGAUACACGGUACAGCAUGUGGAGGUUUUCAAGAAGCCAUCCAACAUGACCACUCUGCCCGACGAAAUAUAUACUCCAUCCGAGUCCCCAGCCUGUGGUCUUACCAUUGCCGCCGGCCACGAAUACCUUCUUGCCGGACGUGUUGAGGGACCAAACGCUCUAUACACCGUCCUCUGUGGUCAAGUACUCCCAGAUGACAGAUCACAAACGUCUUUCGAGAAUGUGCUUGAGUGGAAGAAUGUUCCACAAUCUCUUCAAACUCAAAUCAAGGCUAUCAAAUGUUGA